UGGAGAAAAACAGAACCAAGUGGAAGUGUGACCGUGCCACGCAACCACUGAAAAAGUUCAAAUUAAAAAACAAACAUACAUAAAGAAUGCUACUUAUAAACUUAGAUCUAAUUACAGACACCAAAGAAUAUCCUAAUUCGAAUGUCCAGUGAUGGAGUUAGUGUUAAGUGUAACUUAAGUGAUGGGAAAGUGAGAUUUGAGUGACAAAAGUGAUGUGCGCGUGAGUUGUGAUGGGGUGUGGACAGAGCAAGAUUAAUCUGUACCCGCGGAGAAACAAGAAUGGUGGCAAAGGAAAUGGAGCUAAGAAAUCAGGAGCGGCGGACAAGGACGCGGACGAGGAGGAGGGCGCGGCGGCCGCCCCUGAUGAGGAGGAGGACCCCGAGCGGGGCAAGCAGCUGCUGCCGCUCGCCGCGCACCCGCUGCCCGUUGAGAUCUCGGUCAGCCAGCAAGACUUCUUCAAAAUGCUGGACGAGAGAAUUGAAAAGGGAAAAGACUACGACUCAUCGAGCGAGACAGAAAUACGACUUGAGCACGAGCGGCGCCGCGCCCUGAUCCAGCAGUGGCGCUCCGCCUCGCGCUCCUCGCAGUCCAGCCUGGGCAGCCCGCCCGCCCCCGCGCGCCGCGCCCGCCCGCCCGCGCGCUGCUGCCGCCCGCCCGACGCCUCGCCGCGACACGUCAACGGGGACGCCUGGCGGGACGACAACCACUCCCCCGUCAAACGACCACAGAGCGCCGGCGCGAACUGGAAGAACAACCCCAAACAACCAUACAACCUGAAGCCGAAGAAGAACGAGGCCAACGAGAACCAGCGAGUGAGCAGCCUCAAGAGCUACGAGCAGCUGCCGGAGCCCCCGGACGGGUCGCAGAUCACGUACAACCCCACGUUCCAGAGCCACAGCCCCGCGCGCCAGCCCUACAUCACGCAGCUCGUGUCCUACCCCGAGUCGCAGCAGGUGACGCCGCCCGCCACGCCGCGCCUCAUAGCUCCCCCCGAGGAGUACCAGGACAAGGAGGCGCCCCCCGCGCCCCCCGCCGCCCCCGUGUACUACAUCCACGGCAGCACGGCCAGCCUGGCCGCCGACCUGCAGGCGCAGCGCCAGCAGACCGCCGUGCACCUGCAGCAGUACGUGGCCAUGAAGCAGGCGCAGCAGCAGAUGUUCACGUACAUGACGCGCGGCCCGCACUCCGUGCUCCCGCACGAGGCGCGCGCGCACUCGGCGCCGGCGCCCGUGGGCGUGGUGCGGCCCAUGCCGGCCGCGGACUGGGCGCUGCCGGGCGCCGCGCCCUGGCCGCCGCCCGAGCUGCAGUACUACCCGCAGGCGCACUACACGCACCAGGUGUACUGCGCGCACUCCGCCGGCGCCGCGGGCACGCUCACCCGCUACCACAAGGACCGCCCCGUGGACAACCGCACCGUGUGCCAGAGCAUCAGCCUCGUGCGGCACAAGCCGGUGGGGCAGAUCGUGGUGGGCGGCGAGCUGGCCGUGAGCCCGCGCGCGGGGGACAGCCCCAGCCCCGCGGCCAGCACGGACAGCGGCGUGUCCCCCGGCGCCGCCGCCGAGCCGCCCCCCGCGACCCCCGCCCCCAUAGUACUCGCCUCCGUGGAAACUAAAAUUAAGAAAAACAAAGUACCUUUUAGCAGACCUCUUAAAAAUUCUAAAAGUCUCGAAUCCUCAUAAUAUUUACUAGUGUUUUGUAAUUAAAUAGAUUUUCUAAAUGUACGUAGCUCUAGCGUAGUAAGUAUAAUUGUAAUUUCUAGGAGAUUCCAAAGUGCUUAUAUCUCUGUAUCAUGUGAUUCUAGAUCAUUUCUAUGAAUUAUCGGUCGGCGGGUGUUGCUGUUACUUGGAGCGCUAGUCCUGUACUGUCCCAAAGUAUCUAAUCUAGUAAUCUAUCACUGUUUAAAUAUGAAAUUAAUAAUUUUAAGUAGGUACAUUAAGUAAGUAAGUAUACUUAUCGUUCGUAUGAUGGGAUGUUAACAAGAUUCAGUAAUACUGAUACUCGGUGAUUUUUCCUAAGUUUUAUGUAGUGAAUGUGUUGUCCGUGAACUAUGUAUAACUUCAGACACACGUAGCCCCAGUAAUAAGCCUUAUUUACAGCUUAUAGGCUCACUUAGGCUAGACAAGUUUAAGCCGAGUAUCCAUUUCAUUUCGUCCGCCCACACGAGGCAUCCGCCAUUUAUUUAAGUACAAUCAAACACAUGACUGCAUUUGUAUCGAAAAAGCGUUUAAAAAACACAAAUUUUGUAAGUUAAUCUACGUAUGUACAAUGCAAAUUAACAAAGUCUAUAAUAUUCGAUGUUUAGAUACAAAAUGUUAUUGGUACUGCGGUUCCUUACCGUUGCAUUUUUAAAUAAAAAAGUAAUAUUAAAUAAUACAAAUUACAAUCAUAA